CCCCUGGCACUUCCAACACAAGCCACAAGUGUAUCGCGACCCCGAUCCCGUGAUCAGCUUGUAUUGGUUGAUAGAUACAUUUAUUUUAGACGUGUUACUUGCAAAAAAAAUAACAGACACUCAUUUUCCUUUUGUUUAUUUAGUUUGAUAGUCGGUACAUGGAUACACUAGAAAGUACAAACAAGAGGCUAACAGACCUCGAGCGGAAGCUAUCGAUCGUUUCCGACACUCUGCUGACCCAGUACUCACAGGCGUCCUCUGUUGUGAUAAAUAGAAACCAUGAUGGAGCCGGUAAACAAAGCGUGUCUAGCGUCUUACUGUAUAUUCGAAAUAAUCAAGAUGGAUUCGAUACUAAUGAAUUAUUCGAAGAACGGCAGAGAAUGAACCGGAACGGGAACCCGAAUGAAGUGCCCGAAAACUUGAGUGCGGCCAUAGAUUUCCGUCCAGCAGACCUUGUAGAUGAGGAUCUGUUUGAUGAGUAUGAUUAUGAAGAAGACGAUGAUGAUGAUGAUGUAGAACUUUUACCACCAUCUCCUCCUCGGUCGCCACCUCGAGAAAUUGAUCCUGACAAGUUGUACGGGUUGUAUGAGUUCUCUGGACCCGAUCCUCUGCAUUGUACACUUUCAAGAGACGAGCCUGUGUAUCUUUUAAAUGACGACGAUGAUUAUUGGUGGUUAAUCCAAAAGUUGAGCAAAGAAGAGAGAGGAACUGACGAAAAUGGAAAAGAAGAAGAAGGUAUUGAAGAUGGUAAAAUUGGGUUUGUCCCAGCUGAAUGUUUGGAAACGUUUGGUGAACGGUUGGCUCGAUUAAAUUGUUUUAGAAAUGAAGAGUUGGAGAAGAAUUUGAGGGGAGAUAACCUCAUAGAUGAGACGCUUUUACGAGCUAAAAAGGUUGAUUCAAAGUAUAGAAGUGUGAAAUUUGAUUUGGGUGGACCCCUGGAGGGUAGCCUUACUGAAGAAGGACACCCAACCAUAGACGUCGAAAGCAUAGAGAGUGAAAAUGCAAAACAACUUGGACUGGAAAUUCCUGGAAGUCAUCAUAGACCUAUCGUUGUGACCGAUGAUGAAUCCGAUACGGAUGAGGAACAUGAUACACCGCGUCAACAAUUCCCAGAUCAAAUUCUUAGCAUACCGGCCGGGGAAUUGGGCCGGCCACAAUCGAUGGGAAAGGUAGAUCCUCCCAAGGAUGGGUUAUUAUCUCCACCAACCAAUGGUUCUGCUCCUAGUGAAGUACUCAGUGAUCUUUUCCCCGACGCAACCCCACUUGUCAUUGCCAAAUCAAACAAAAAGAAGAAAACCACCAAACCAGAAACUGCCACGGAAGGAAAUGUUCCUGAAGAUUCAAACAUAUUCACGAAACCUCCCACAAUACCCAAGAAGCUGCCAGAUAUGCUUUCCAUUGGAUCGUUCUCACCCGACACACCACCAUUGAAAAAUGGAUGGUCGCCUAAUCCUGAGAGAGACGCAGAGGCAUUCCGGAGAUCGGUGAUAUUAGAGAGGCUCAACCAGAUGACAGCAGAUAUUCAAGAACAGUUUGAAAUUCCAGACGAGAGCUAUUCAGAUAUGGAAAAUAUCAUGUUUGGUGGUAUGGAUUCGAAUGAUGAGUACUCUGAUGAUGCGGGAUCGCUUAAUAGCACCGUAAGACAUAGUACGGAGACUGGACUUGAUUCAGACGUUCCUACUCAGAAUGAAGAUGAGUCACUCACACCCUUGACAAGUACCGCGUCGUUGGUUGAACGCAAGGAGAGAGAUAAAACCAUCCAUGACAUGUUUGUUCCAAUUCUUGGGAAAUUUGACGAGUUGGCAGAAAGAUUGGCCGAAUUGAACGGUAUGAUAUAGAACCCGUUGUUAUGAAGUAGAUCGACAGAGUCCUUAAUGGGC